AUGAAUAGGGUGUUAGUGGAUAAUGGGGCAUCAGUGAACUUGCUUCUGAAGUCUUCUUUGAAGAAAUUGGGAAAAAGAAACCCCAGAUUAAUCCCAACCAGCACAACCAUUGCUAACUUUGCUGGGGAUAAGCAGAUGGCUCAGGGCAUCCUGCCCAUCAACUUGAGUGUGGGAACCAGAGAUUGUAUGACAGUAUUCUUUGUUAAAGAUAAGGCUAAGUUAUAUACUGAAGGAGUGACACCACUCAGUAUAUUGAGGAAACCUGAUGGAACUGCCAAAAAGACGGCUGGUGAGGAAGUAGCACACCUGAAGCACGUAGUGCAGGAGAGUACUGAUGAAAAAUUCGUCACCAAGGAUGACAAUGAUGCCUGUCCAGAAGGUUCAGGAACGAGAGAGGAAAGCCAUGGUGAUUUUGUCUAUGAGGAAGAAGAAAAAGAUGUUGAACCAGAGAAGAUGAGAGCAGAACAAAGCAAAGAAGUUGCUUUGAAGGCAGAAGAAGACGAAGGAGAAGCAUUAAUAAAUGCUCAAUCUUAUAAUGAACUGUCAGGAUUGGAUAGAUCAUUAGUAGAACAUAGGCUCCCUAUGAAGUCUAACUUCAAACCACGCAAGCAGAAACCAAGACGAAUGAGCCAUGAAGUAGUUCAAAAAGUGAAGAAGGAAAUUCUCAGGCUCCUUAAAGUAGGCUUCAUUAGAAUAACCAGGUAUGUCAAAUGGUUGUUCAACAUUGUGUCUGUGGUUAAAAAGAAUGGCAAGAUGAGGGUAUGCAUCAAUUUUAGAAAUUUGAACUUGGCAACUCCAAAAGUUGAAUACCCCAUGCCUAUAGUAGAUCUAUUGGUAGACAGUUCAGAAGGACACUGGAUUUUGUCUAUGAUGGAUGGGCAUUCUGAUUAUAACUAG